AUGCCGGUAUUGUUUGAAGGUGGUGCAGAUCCCAUGGUAGCGGAUGACUACAUGGAGCAAGUUGAAACUCAAUUGGCUUCUAUGGAUGUGACGGAGGAUCAUUUGAAAAUCACCCUAGCCACUUACAAGUUCACAAAGGAUGCCAAGUUUUGGUGGAAAUCAAUCACAAAUCAAUAUAAGAUUGAAGAGAUGAGUUGGGAUAGAUUCAAGGAGCUGUUCUAUGAGAAGUAUUUCCCUGCCUCCAAUAGGUGGGAGUUAAAGAAUCAGUUUAUUGGCCUUAUCCAAGGCAAUAUGUCAGUGACAGAAUACGAGAACAAGUUCACGUCUCUUUCCCGCUUUGCUCCAGAGAUGGUGAGUAAUGAAGUUGAUAAGGUUCGGAAGUUUAUCUCCGGACUUGACUACAAGAUGAGGCCGUUGUUAAUAGCACAUGGCAACAAGGUUUAUUCUGAGGCAGUGGAAAGAGCAUUAAUGUUAGAGGUGGAGGCCAAAGAUAACGAAGUAACAAGGGAACAGUGGAGACAAAAGAGGAAUUGCCAGCAGCCUGGACAUUACAAGUCCAAUUGUCCCUUGAGAUCGUCUUCAGUUUCUUCAGCUCCGAGGGUUUAUUAUGGGUGUGGCCAGCAGGGCCACUUGAUUCGAGACUAUCCGAGUCAGGGAGCAAUCACCACUAGUUGCAGAGGGUCACGGCAGAGGCCAUCACAGUCGGCUAUAGUUCAGUCAGGUUUCAGACCACCGCCACCACCACAACCUGCCAUUUAUUCUCAGGGUUCACUACUAGCUAGGUGGGAUACUCCUACUGUGUCGGCACAACAGUCUGGUGUUCAAAUUAGUAAUUCAAAGGCACAGGCACCGCAGGGACGUGUCUUUGCACUUACACUGACUGAUGCAUCUCCUGGAUCGUCAGUUCUUCGAGGAUUCAUUGUAUUCUUUACGGUUUGGUUUAAUCGUGCUGAUGUCUGUCUUUCUAUGUUGACAAAAUGGCUAACGCAAGAACCAGACGGAACAAUCGGCAAUGAAGGGAAGCGGCCCGUAGGCAGCGUCAGGAGGAUAAAGGAUUUUUCGGAUGUUUUUCAGGAGAUUUCAGGGUUGCAACCUAGUCGCGAGAUCGAUUUUGUGAUAGACUUAGCUCCCGGCACUGCUCCUAUUGCUAGGGCACCCUAUAGGAUGGCACUGGUGGAUAUGAAAGAGCUGAGGGAUUAG